GGCUGGCAGCGGGAGCGCGGGGUUUGAUGGGAAGGCAUUGGCCGGGCCCAGUGCUCUAUCAGUGGGUGCUGCUGCUUGCUCCAGAGGCUCAACGCGGUGGCGACCCAGGCUUCCCCGAGUGGACGCCGGGGCCGAGCGGCGCCCACUUUCCUCAGCUGUGACUUCUUUUGGACAACUCAUGAUUCUUCUUAUAGUGCCAAGUUUCUAUAAAUAAAAGAUGGGCGGAUUAUUUUCUCGAUGGAGGGCAAAACCUUCAACAGUAGAAGUUCUAGAAAAUAUAGAUAAGGAAAUUCAAGCACUGGAAGAAUUUAGAGAAAAAAAUCAAAGAUUGCAAAAAUUAUGGGUUGGAAGAUUAAUUAUCUAUUCUUCAAUUCUUUAUCUGUUUACAUGUUUAAUUGUGUACUUGUGGUAUCUUCCUGAUGAAUUUACAGCAAGACUUGUCAUGACACUCCCAUUUUUUGCUUUUCCUUUGAUCAUCUGGACAUUAAGGACUGUGCUUAUUUUCUUCUUUUCCAAGAGAACAGAGAGAAAUAAUGAAGCAUUGGAUGAUUUAAAAUCCCAGAAGAAAAAGAUACUUGAAGAAGUCAUGGAAAAAGAAACAUAUAAGACAGCAAAGUUAAUUCUUGAAAGGUUUGAUCCAGACUCAAAGAAAGCAAAGGAGUUUGAGCCGCCAUCUGCUGGAGCAGCUGUAACUGCAAAGCCAGGACAAGAGAUUCGUCAGCGAACUGCAGCUCAAAGAAACCUUUCCCCAGCACAAGCAAGCUCUAAUCAGGGUCCUCCUCCACAAGUUCCAGUAUCUCCUGGGCCAGCGAAGGACGCUUCAGCUCCUGGGGGACCGCCAGAAAGGACUGUUGCUUCAGCCUUCCCCAGGCGCCUUGGAUCCCCUGCUACUUCAGUUCCUGGAAUGGGCCUUCAUCCUCCAGGUCCACCUUUAGCAAGACCCAUUCUCCCCCGAGAACGAGGUGCUCUGGAUAGAAUUGUUGAAUAUUUAGUUGGUGAUGGUCCACAGAACAGGUAUGCCCUUAUAUGUCAGCAGUGUUUUUCUCACAAUGGCAUGGCUUUGAAAGAAGAAUUUGAAUAUAUUGCUUUUCGAUGUGCCUAUUGUUUUUUCUUGAAUCCUGCAAGAAAAACGCGUCCCCAAGCUCCCCGGCUUCCAGAGUUCAGUUUUGAGAAGAGGCAGGCAGUGGAAGGCUCAGGUCCAACUGGUCCCAUGUCACUAGAAAGUGUGCCCUCACCAGAGAGCCAGCUCACUGAAGGAGGAACAAUACCUCAGAUGUCUCAUUUUCUAUCUGAAAUCUCCGGAAUGAAGUCUAACUGGCUCAAAGUGAACCCCAGUAAGACUCUUUAGAAGAACAAGAUGUUCUUGUUAAUAGUACUGAGCAGAGAGAUGACAAAAUACCAGUUACAGAGCAAACAAACCAAGUGAUUGAACAAACAUCUGGUCCAGAGGAGCCAGAAGAGAACCAAGAAGAGACUGAGGAGGAGGAAGCAGCCACAAGCGAAGCCCAGUCACCUGUUCUCAGAGCUGAUUCUGUUUCUGAUCUUGAACCAAGUGAAGAAUCUUUGGUGACAAAGUAGUAAAUAACUUCCAUGUGCCUUCAACUGGAUAUUUGUAGUCUUGUUGGUGUUAGUUACUGCUUUUUUUGUGGUACUCAAAAAAAUUUGCCUUCUAGAUAUAUGCAUAAUAUUAUUCAUAUUCAGAUUGCCCAGCAAGUUCAGUGUAUCCAAAUCCUACCACUAGGAAUUGAAAGUAAGAGCACGUGGUAUCAGUUAAUAUGCAGAGACAUAUGCAAUAGCUGUUAGAUACUUUGUGCAUUCUAAAGUUUAAAAAAAAACUUGUUUUCUACAUGUAUAGCUUGUAAAUAAUGCCCAUUUUGACAUAGGAACAAAUUUCGCUAGGAAUAAUUUCUUCCAUAGUGCUUAAGGAUUGAAACAUAAUUAAGAUUUUGAAUACUUCAUCAUUAAAUUUUAACUUGGAGAUAUUUGCCAGUGGGAAGGAAAUAUCUAUUUAGGUGUUUACAUUAGUGAAGCUGAAAGCUGUAACCUUAAUUACAUAUGCGUUGGUACGAAGUCUCAGUAAGAAUGCAACUAAACAGUCAAGUGCAGUAUUUCUUCUGAUAUCUUUUAUUUUACAACUGGGCCAAAGGCACAUGAUGUAUAUAGUUAGUUUAUGUUUACAUAUUAAUAGGAAAUAUAUCUGCACUUGACUGUACUUGAAUUCUUGGUAUUAUUUAUAUUUGUAAUAUAAUGAUGAUAUAUAAAUGGUUUUUUGUGUGUGAGUGUGUGUUUUGUUAAGGAAAAUAAAGAUGACCUGGCAGCGUUUUUCCUUUGUUAAAUAUCUAGACUUCUUCACAUAGUGUCUUGAUGGAUGGCUUGGCUAUCUAAACAAAACCUGGUAGGGAGAACUCACUGUAUGAUAAAUACAUAGCAAAUUAUGGUGUUUUUCUUUUUAUUUAGACUUUCAAAAUCAGUGACAUAAGAGGUUUACUGUUUCUAAUCAGAAAUUAAACUUUUCAGAUUUUGAAACAUAUUAUGCCAUAGUUUUUAACUUUCAGAGACAAAUAAAUGCAUUUUUAAAGACAAGGCAGUUAAUGAAGUUUAAUGAAACUCACUAGAUUGAGUAUAUAUACCAAGCAUCAGGUGGGAAGAUUUUUAAUGUAGACUAGUUAUUCUUAAACACAAUAUGAUAAUUUGUUCUAGUUUCCUUUUAUGUGUCUUAUAUUGGAACAACUGAAGUGAAUUUACAUCAUACGGGAGACAUGAUAGUAUGUCUGGCUCAUCUUUUAGUUAUCGAAUGUUUAUUUAAACUAAAUAUACUUAUUAUCAUUUAAAAGUUUAUAUUUAUGAUUUAAUACCUCAUCUGACAUAUAUAAAAAAACCCAUUUGUUAAUAUUCUGAGGCAUUUUAGUUUAGUAGCUGUAAAUCCAAGCAUGUGGAGCUGGACUUGAGUGCUGGCCCUGCAGUUGUGGCCAUUUCACCUCGCCUCUCUGCAUUUCCUUAAUCUGUAAAUGAAAAGAGUAAUGUUUCCACAGGUACGGGGAGGUAAAAAUAAUUUAUAUGAUGUGCCUAGCUUUCUUGCUAGAUAACUAAUAGAUAUUAGGUUACAUGGUAGAAUUUAUUGCUAUUAUUUGAAACCCUUGUGAAAUAUGGAAGGACCAUAGAUCCUUUCUUUGGUAGAUAAUGAAAUUAAGGAAAACUAUGAGCAUUCAAUUCAGUUACUCUGAACAGAAGUUUUCUGCAUUAAUGUCAUAUGUAUGUGUCAAUGAUAGAUUAAAGAAAUGGAGAACUGAAACUAGAAUAUAAUCUUUUUAAAAAAGAAGUGUUUAUUUUUAUUUUAUGAGUAUAAAUGUUUCACUUGCAUUAAUGUCUGUGUCCACUGUGUAGAGGCCAGAUACCUGGCUCAUUUGAAAUGACAGCUACAGAUGGCUGGGAGCUGCCACAUAUGGGGGCUAGGGAUCAAACUUGGCUGCAAGAGCUGAAAGUACUCUUAGCCACUAAGCCAUUUCUCCAACUUCAUAUAGCCCUUUUAGUGUGUAAAUUUUACAAGCUGUGUGUGUGUGUGUGUGUGUGUGUGUGAGAGAGAGAGAGAGAGAGAGAGAGAGAGGGGUGGGGGGGAGAGAGGAGGGGGAGUAAACACUGUAUUAAGUCUUGUUAAAAACAUUUGAUGUGCACUGCUCAAAAAUGAGUACCUCAGAGAAAUGGGAUCUAAUGAUGAAACCAAGAAAAAACUAUAAAAACAUCCCCCAAAAGAAAUAUAAAGGGGGAGCUAGAGAGGUAUCUCUGUUAAGAGUGAGCACGCUCUUACAGAAUGCCUGCUGAGUGUGCUUUUCAUCUCCCAGAUUAGGUGGCUCGCUCCUUCUGUAGCUCUAGGUCCAGGAGAUCAGAUGCCUUCUACCUGGCCUCCUAGGACAAUAGCACUCUCUUCCCCACAGAUACACAUAAGUAAAAUAAAAUCUAAAUCUUAAGAGGAGCUUAGUAAAGUUAACACAACAGAUAGGUAAUUGUUGGUGUAUUUUAAAACAGAAAAUCUUAUUCUCAUACUAUAUAGUAGGCAAUGUCUGAAGUGACUGAGACUCCACAUUUAUUGAGAUUAGUGUAAAUGAGGGAGAACUUCCCUGUUCACCACUGCUCAGCAUGUUGUUGUUUAACCUCCCUCUCACUGUGUCCUCUGUGGCCUGCAGACAGCUUAGUUUCGCUCUGUCUUUCCUCCCCACCCUUCUGGAGCCAUAGGACCCUUGCUCAGUGCUGUGGCUGUGCUUUGCCCUUUUUGCCACAAGCGUCAGCUUAAUUUUGUUUCUGACAGAGAUACCUUCCUCUUCUCCCUGUCUGAAGCUAACCCUCUGCACUUUGUCUUUGCUCUGAAUUCUUACUUCAGGGUAUGUUGUUUCCCCAUCAACUGUCUUCACAAUUCGCUUUUCUUCUGUCUAUAUGUGGGGAGCCUAGCAGUGCCCCGCUCAUUUAUCAUGUGAAUAACAUGCUAAAUCCAGGGACUACUCUCAGUACUUAACUCAUGCUCUUGCUUGGCAGAUUGACUUGGCCAAAUGUUCUUUUUCUUUGAGACACCUUUAUCUUUUAGGUUCUGGAUGUGCACUGCCGUUAUCUUCUUUGACUUCUUGUUUUCAGUGUCCUUUGAAGACUUCCUCUGCCAUCUUUAAAUGUUGAUGCUCUCUGGCUUCCAUCUAUUGUCAGUUCUUAUUCUGUGCAUUUAUUCUCUGGAAGUGCUCAUCAAAACCCAGGGACUUAAUAACUACUGUCUGUCUAUGAAUAUCAGAUCCCCAGCCUGAGCUGUUUCUUUUUCUUCAUAGCUAUGUGGCGUGGUCUGUUUCUUUGGCUUCGUAGCUAUGUAUUUAUCCAUGCUACUGCCAUGGCAUUGUGAAGUCAGUGUUUCUUUAAAAAGAAUACUUGUUCAAACUUGUGUGUCAUUUCACCAAAUAGCAUCAGUAUUUAAGCCAGAAUUUAAAAUAUAUUCCCUCUUUCCCUCUGUCUUUAAAAUGUUCAUUCCCAAUUUCUUCCCCCACACCCCCAGUAGAAUAUUGCAAUAUAGCCCAGCUUGGUCUUGACUUUGUGACUUAAGGCCUCAGGUUCUUGGGUGCUGAAAUCAUUCCCAUGAACUGCUGUGCCUUGCUCCCCUCUAAGCAUUUUGCAUUUAUAUUGUUUUUCCAUUUUGUUUGAAUUAUAUUAAUAAUAAUCUGCAUUGUUCCAGCAAACAGCAUGCUGCCUGCAGUAGGUGUGCGUAUUUACGCACAGUUAUGUUUUUGGGAGGAACGGUCCUGAGAUUUUGUAUCUUAAGUAUGGGAAAGAAACAAGUUGUAGAGAGAAUAAGCAGCUUUCUUAGACGUCUGUAUUGGCAUGUGGAAAGUCUGAGGUAGGAUUGGAAGCGGAUCACUUGUGAUGACGCUCCUUUUAGUUGGCGUUGAAGCCAUAGCCUCGCACAUGCUAACCUCUACUCUACUGCUGAACUGUUUCUUCAGCUCCCGAAGCCUUAUUGUUAGUCACCUUGUGUUGCCUUCUAAUUCCUGCCUCCAUCACCUCAGGGUAUGAAAGCUACCCUUUAAACAGUCUUUGAUCAUGCUUCUUUCCCAUCCAUUCUGUGCUGAGGGUCCUCAGACCUUUGUCUUCAGUCUUUCUGUGUUUGAGAGAGAUCUGAAUUACUGUACUGACCGAUAAAGUCCCGGGCGGUUGUCUUCCCAGUUGGCUCUCACAUCAAGUUUUUGCAUUACAACUACUGUCACUACUGCCUCCCCUCCACCACACACUUUCAGUAUGCAUAGGUUAUUCUUUUCAAUGCUCCUAGCUGCCUACAUUUCUCGGGCUCUUCCUCCUGAAAUACCUCCUGUUUAUGUAGAUACUGAAGGAGCUUAAUAUAGAGCUGUUGAAUUGAAGUUGCACCACUUGGAAUCCAAGGUUGGAAAUGUUGUUAUUUAUUAAUAAACUAUGAGUUUCUCAUGUACUCAUUGUGCAUACACACCUUCACAGUAAAAUCAAGUCUGUAGCUGUAUGUAUUACUUGUUUGUGUGUGUGUAUGUGUUUGUGUGUAUGUGGGGGGAGACGGGUGGGGGGAGGGAAGGAGGUGGGUUGGGAGAGGAGAGAUUGAUUAUAAUUAUGUAAUGAUUGUCAUUAGAUAAUAUAUGCUGAGUUCUGGAAUGUUAAAUGAUUGUCCGUUUUAGGUCAGGGAUAGUAGGCAUCUGAGCCAAGUCAGAUUUAAUGAAGGACUAUUUAUAUUGAACCACAAAUUUUCACUGUUUCAAUAUUAAUAAGUUUAUGAUUUCUCUAGUAGUUUUAUUUCUGUUUCCAACUGACAGUUCCUACCUUAAUUACCAUAUAAUGUGUUAGCUUUUUGUAUUUAUCACUUGAAGGGUAGACUGAGGAGAACAGCUGCUUUGAGUGGCUGUGGGCAAUGGAACUGCUCUAGGAAGUUAGCAGAAAAAAAUGUUUCUAUGUGGUAUAAAAAUUGUAGAAGACAUUAGAUACAGUUCACAAAUGAAAGAACUAUCAAAAAACAACUCAAGUACCAAGUAAUGAUGAAUCAGUGUAGAAAUGGUUAUGAAUUGAGCCCUUUUAUAAUUUGACUCAUUUCAAGUUUAUUAAAUUUCUAAGUGUUUUAAUACUACUGGCCAAUAGAUAAAAAUAUUCUGAAUUUAGAUAGGCAGUUAUAAAUAUGGAAAAAUUGUGUCUUUGAAACAAUAAAAACUAAAAUGAGUACAGAAUUAAAACCUUAUUGAAUUGCAUCAAUCCAUAGGCAAUUAAUUUGUCUCGGCUUAUUUAAGCUGUCAUUUUCUACUUUUUUUUUUUUUUUUAAACUACUACCUUUAACCUUCCUAGAGCCCAAGAGAUGGCUGAGCAGGUAAAGGUGCCUGUUGCCAAGUCUUACGACCUGAGCUUGAUUUCUGAGGUCCACGUGGUGGAAGAAGAGAACCAACUCUCUCAGGUUGUCUUUUGACCUCUGUGUGCCUGCUAUGGCACGUGUGCCCCACCCCCCACCCCCAAAUGAAAUCAAUGUAAAAGUAAAAUGCCAUUUAAAAUUGCCAAAGUGGAGCUGAAAAAAGUGUUGAGUAAGAAUGAGGACCUGAGUUUGGGUCUGCAGCACCUGCGUAAAAGCAUGGCAUGGUUGCCUGCUGCUGUCACCCCAUUACUAAGGGGUGGUGACAGGUGGAUUCAGGAGCAUGCUGGCCAUCCUUGCUUUUUUCCCUUGGCAUCAAAGUUGAUAAAUGUUGGAAGCAUUCUGAGAAGAUUAAAAAGUGUUCUUAAAAACUUCCCUCAGUCCAAGAUUCUGUGAAAAGAGGCCAAAUUUUUAGCUACUCAAGGCUUUUACCAGAUCCCUGGCACUUGCUUUAGGAAAACUGAGAACAUUUUAUUUUCAUGGAAAUAAAUAUUUCUUAGUCUGCUUUGAUGGGUGUUGCAGGUAAGGCAUUUAGUGCAUACAAUACCGCCUGUUAGCCAGGCUUGUGCUCUAGGUGCAAUCAUGUGCACUCUCUUAGGGUUCUUCUAGUGACUUCAGAGAGACAAAUGUCACAUGGAGAUGGAGUUCAUUUCCUAAAGCUGGUUUUAUAGAGCUGCAAAUAGGAUUUAAACAUGGUGACUAAGAUUGCUUUGUUUACUACCUGUGUGCACCCCUUUGAUAGCUGAAGGAGUUAGACUAAAGCCCUUCAGUUUCUCAUGGUUGUGUGGUAUCUCACAUGUCAUUAGUGUGGGAGACACCUGGUUGCUUAUCAGGCCUGCUUCUCAGUUCUCAUGGAAUACUGAGCGUAGACUAUGUGUCUUAGUUAUUAUAUCCCUCUUGAUCUCAAACCAAAGUAAACCAGUACUUGGCACAGACAUAUUACGUAAAUAAUCAAAAAACUAGAUUCAUGUUACUAAGUGGUGGACUUGCCGUUGCUAACACAAGAGGUUGGUGUGCUGUUUCUGUCUGAAAUUCCUAUGAAUGAUGAGUUUGGGAUUAGAGAGGGAGAACUUGCCCAAAGCACUAAUUGAGGGCUAGGAUAUAUUGUUUUUGUUCUCUUGGUGCCUGAUGUAGGAGAGCCUCAAUAACGAGUGAACUAAGCUGUAGAUGACCUCAACACACAUGAUGAGGUGGGAGAGUCGGCUAAUGCUCAGAAGAGCCUGAUACUUGGGUUGGGUUUAGAUCAUUGGAGUUCGACAAUCCUUUUCCUAAUUCUUAUGAGAUGUGUAAAGAUAUUCUUAUAAGAGUAUACACACACACACUACACACCCACCCACCCCCACACACAAACACACAUAUACACACAUGUAUUUCUUGCUGACCUUGAGUUGCCGAGAUCAGCCUGCCUCAGAGUGGUUUUCUCUGUACUGAUUUUCACUUACCUGUUUCUAACCCAUUUGAUGCUAUGACUGAUGUCUGCUUAGAACUUACUUACAUUUCUACUUUUUGACAUCUGGGUCUAGUGGGGCCUAGAUACACAUACACACUUUUUUUUUCACAUACACACUUUUAUGCAAGAUAAUUUAAGAAUAUUUCCUUUUUCAAUAUAUAGGUUAGUAUAUAAAUUUUAAAGUUGGGUUCUUGCCUCAGAGCAAAACAGCAAAAGGAAAUGGAUCCUUGGCUUUUAUUAACACACUUUCAAUGUGUGUUUUAUGAACUAUAAGCUGUUUCUUAAAACCAAAGCUGACUAUUCAUGUUUUACUGUCUACUAGCAAGAAUUCCAAAGCUUUGCUUACCUUCUAAUAAAGGGGAACAUUUUUUAAAAACUUGCAGUGGUUUGCUUUAUAAAUUAUAAAUAAUCCUUCAAAAGAAAUAGAAUAUACUUGGAAUAAACCUAUUCUCAACUAUGUGUUCACAUAGGUACAGUGUAUUGAUUUUCAGAAUAGAAUACUUUGAGUCCUGUAUUUAAAUUGAAUAUAAACUGGAAUAAAAUCAAUAUUCUUGAGACCUAUCUUGGUUGAAUGGGUGCUUGCUGUUCCUUUUUUUAGCACAUUUUCCUUUUGGUUUUUGAAGACCUGAAUUCCUUUUGAUUGUCUCUCCCCUUAAAUAUAGUAAUCUCCCAUAGUUCAGCUUAUUUCAAAACAGCAAGCCAGGCAGGAUGGCUUAGUGGGUAAAGCUACUUGCUGCCAAGCCUGACUACUUGAGUUCAGCUCCAAGGACUCACAUGGUAGAAGGAAAGAACUGACUUUAGAGCACUGUCCUCUGACCUCCACACAUGGACUUCACACAUGUGCUCCCACCCCAAAUAAAUAAUAUAAUAAUAAACCACAUCUGGACAGUGAAAGUAGGCCACAGUCUACUGAAAGCCGAGAUUUUCUUUUCCCUGUUCUCUGCUCUCCCGUCCCGCUGGCCACUGCUGGAGAGCAGAAGCUGUUCAGGUUUCAGUAGAUUGAUAAAACCAAUUUGUCUAUCCAACAAACACUAGUUUUGAAUUCAAUAUGCUACAUGACUACUAAAUGGAAUGUCGGCGGGAUCGUAGCGUGUGUGGAGUGGGAAGAGGAGCAGAUGUGACGACCUGUCUUCUGAUCAAGAAGCUCAGUUUCGGACUGCUGCCUUCCCCACCAGUGGUGAGAAGUAUGGCAGCUGCCACUUCUGUCUUCAACAGUCUGUUCCCCAGGCGUGCAGACUGUUUGUGCACUGUGGAGUUUUAUGAGCUCUAAAGAGUGAUUUAUGUCCUUAAUUUCGCCUUACUGCCCGCCAAGUACUGCCCUCUGUCAGAGGGCCUGGACUAUUUAAUUUUUUAGAUCUUUGUCUUCAUUAGUAUAGCAAUUUUUGCUUGUAAUCAUUGUACUAGACCUCGUUGAUAAGCUAAGGCACUGUGAGAUUCAUGGUGUUGACAUCUAACCUUGCCACUGACUUCUUGACCCUUCUGCUUCCGAAAUAUGGAUUCUUUUUUUUUUGAAAACCAAGGUAAAACUCCAUCACUUUUUUACACAUAUUGUGGGCAGUUUAAAGGUUGGUCAGAAUCAAAUAUUGUGCUUUCAAAUUUGAUAAUGUAUGAGUGCAGAAAGUUGACCUUUGUUUCAUAGUCAUACAUCAACAUGACAUGAGCAGUAGAUGCAGCAAUUACCUUUAGUAUAUGGAAUAGUGCUUUAGUUUCCAUCUUCCGUGCAAUUAUUGCAAAAAAAAAAUGUUUUUAAUGCAUUUAAAUUCUAGCUGUGAAAUUUGUGAAUAGUGCUUUUGGAGAUAGUUGUAAGUUAUACAAUGAAUAAAUAGCUUAUAAUUUAUUUCCAGCACAAGCUUGUUCUCCAUAAGAUCCACUUGUUCACUAAUAAAGAUUGUUAAUUAUUGCUCUGGUAACAUUAAUAUAAAACUUUUGUGUUUUAGGAAUACGUUUUAAGACACAGCUCAAAGAAGUGUUACCAAAUGUUUUUUUUUUUUUAAAUACAUAUGCCAGUGUCAACUAAAAGAGUAUUUAGUAUAUUAUUGUAUGUUAGAAUAUUUAAUACGAGGCUGCAUACAGGUUCUGCCAUCUGCAGGACUUCUGUCCUAGCGUGUGCAUUUAGUCAUUUAUUUUCCCUUUAAUGAAUGCUACCUAUGAGCUAUGCAUGGGAGACAGAAAUAAGACUGAAACCCUGUUCUCAGGAGCUCAUGGAGCCUGUGUUUUGUCUAAUAGCCCGGGCCAACCAUAAGUUCUAAGGUGAAAACACAGUAACUUCACGUAAGUGAUUAAAUGAAACUUAAAUGUUCAUUGGACAGACAGUGAGGUGACCAAGUCUGCAAUUUGAUUCCACGAUGCGUAUCAAAUGAUGUGAGGAAGUUAGUGACUUCUCAGAGGGCUCUUUGAUUGAAAGUCACUAUGGCCAGUGAGAGGUCCUCUUUAAGUACUCACAUAUCAGACUUAAAAGCUAGGCCAGUCUGGCCUAGAAUGGUAAAGUUCUUGCUGUAGUUCCAAUCCUGUCUUAAUUGCUCCAUGCCUCUGCCACUUGACUAGUUCUCCUUAGCACCCGCCCGCCCCACUUCUGGUCCAGGGAUUCAAGGAGUCCAGAGGCCUCUGGAAAUGCUUUUGUACAGUUUUGCAUGUGUGUACACAUUGUUCCGGGAAGAGAACACAGAUCUCAUUUAAUUUCCUAAGAGGACUAGGAGUCAAAAGAGGGAGGCCAUUGGGCCACGGAGAAUGCAAACCUCCCAGCGAUUACUCAGCACUGUAAUGUGUUUAGACUGAUGUAAAAUUAGAUGCAUCUUUCUUCAACACAAUAGAGAAUUCUAUAAACUCUCCUCACGGAUGAAGCCACUCCACUAGGCACGAAAGAAGCAAUGUUGUACUAAGUGGUAAAAUUCAUGUAAAAGUGUGUUCAGUGUGUUUUUGGACUCAUGAUGGCUUUGUUGGUGAUUACUUUUAUAUGGAAGAAAUGUGUCACCUAACUUCUGAAGAUAAGACUACUGUGAAGAAGCAGAGUAUUGGUUGUAAAUAGUGUAUUUCUUCUUUUUCCGUUCCAUUUUAUGCUUUAGUUGUUUCCAGUUCCUUCCUUCCUAGGAGUCUUCUGCUUCUAUAGAUAUCAUAAAAUUAAUUUUUAUCUUAUCCAUAUCUUUUUCUGUUUUGUUUUUGCCCUUUCAGUACUGGAGGUUCACCCCAGGGCCUAGUGUAAGCGCUCUACCACUGAGCCUCAUCCCCAGCCCUGAAACUUUCUGCAAAGCUAUUUGACAGCUUUUUAUCUUUUUGACACAUUGUUUUCUCUUCUUUUUAGUUUUAAAUCCACUCAGUUUGUAUAGUUUAUACAUUAUAUAACAGCUAUAUGUGUAGCUAUAUUCUUAAAGGGAAACUGGGUCUAAGCAAGCUAUUCCCUAUGUGGGAGCAGAAUUGGCUUUUUGUAGCUCUUUUCACACAAAACUGCUGUUAUCACAUUCUAGAGUCCGUCACAGUCCACUUGCUGUUGUCUGGGGCCCUGUAGACACCUGCCAUCAGUAAGAGACAGCAGCCUUUCAACUUAGUCCUAUAGACACAAGAUUUCAAUAUGAUGCCUUCCUCUUACAGACACGGAACAGCUGACGAUGGUGAGGACUUUUCUCUUCCAUGUAGGCAGCUCAGGACAUGGAUGCAAGGAUGUAUAGUCUCACUUCUUACCCCAGUUACCCCUUCUUAACUUCUGCAUUUUUUUUUUUUUAGUUUGAAGUAUUUAUAGUGAAAAAUACAUCAGAAUGUUCAGAAUGAAAGGAAAGAUUCCUUAACUUCUUUAAAAAUAGUUUUUAAAAUUUAAAAUGAUGUGAGGAAUGCUGGUCCAGUAUUAAGAGAAAAAUGGAUACAAUGUUACACAGUACAUAUGGUCUGAUCUUACAUAUGAUAAUAGGAUGUGUGUGUGUAUGUGUGUGUGAGAUGUUGCACAUGUAAAGAAUUUGAAAGAAAUAUAAUAUUUUGGCUGAUCCUAUUUCAGCUGUAGGAUAUGCAUUUUUCCUCAUAUUUUCUAAAUUUAUUAUCAAAAUUCACUGCUUAGUUUUAAUUAUUUUUAUCUACAUUUACUAUUUUAAAAUAAAUUCAAAAUCUACAGCCAUGGCCUACAGCAAAUCACUGUUACUGAAAGAUCAGAAGAAGAUGUCAGUCAGUACUCUUGAGUUUCAAAUUCAAAACAUUUUUAUAUGUGUAAGUCUUUUGGGAAAGAGUUGACUUAAAUUCAGCUCUAAAAGUGGGAGAGAAUCCAUCUGGGAGGAAGAGUUUAUGUAAGCAAUAAAAUCUAGAGGCCUUUGUUACCUAGGAACUAGAGAGGAGGAAUGAAUGCUUUAUGAGUGGUACAGGGUUAAGAAUUAGGAAGGCCAGAUCACUUCUAGUAGCUUAAAGCACUCUCCAUUUGCCUGACACCAUGAAGGUCCAAUCCCCACAUUUGCAUAUUUCCUCUGCCUUUAUGUGCACAUAUAUAGACAUGCACAGCUCAUUAAUUCUUCUAAUUAAGAGAAAUGAAUCAAAGCUUUUGUCUUCUAAUAAGUACUUAUUUUUUAUAUUCAAUAUGAUGCCAUAAUCUUUGAUUUCUUAAAAUAUUUCUUGGGAUAUCUCACAACUGAGUUCUAUGGAGACUGUUUCUUAAGUGUGUGCAAAUAACUUUCCAAUGCCGUCUUUGGAUAUAAAUUUAGAAGUGAUUCUGCUAUAGUAUGUAGUAAUGCAUGCUAGUCUAAUUUGGUCUAGAAUUUUCAGGCAACAAAGAACAGUUACUGCAAAAUAUUAUAAUUUAAGCUUCACAAGUUGAGAAUUUAUGACAAAUUUGUAAUAGAGUUGAAAAUUAAUUUCACUAUUUAGGAGUUUAACAUGCAGAUAGGCUAUAUAUAGUAUAUGUGGGAUUUUUACUCUAUUAAGAGUUUCUUGUUUUAAAUGUCUAACUAUGUAUAACAGUGUAAUCGGAGGCAUGUGAUGUGUUAAUUUCCUAUGGUGCGGAACUGCUAUUGAUUGAGUCCUUAAUAUUUAUCCAGCCUGUUGUAAGACCUUUUAUAUUCAUCUUAGAAGGAUUCUUUGGAAUGAAUAAUUUUUAUUUCCAUCUUGUAGAUAAAGAAACUGAUGUUCAAAGUUAAGUAUCUCAUGUGAGGUCCCUCAGUGAGUGGCCGAGGCAAGAUCUGAACUUAGGUAUCUGAUAUGUAUUUCAUGUAUCUUCUGCUUUUAAUCAUUUGAUAAGAUUUUUUGCUAACAUUUUCUUUUAUCUAAUAUACUUUAAAAUUAUUAAAUAUAAUGUAUAAUGAUGUAUAAUAAUGUGUUAUUCAGUAUUCGAAGAAGUAAAGAAUACACCAAUGAAUUUGUUGAUCAAGAUUUCUGAAGCUCUGUUGCAGAUAUUAAGAAACUUAAGAACAUUCUCCUGCCUAUUGACUUUUCUACUUAGAAGUGAGAAGCACUGUAUUCUCUCUGCUUGCAGCAUUCCCUAUAACUUUCCUAAGAUAGCACAGAAUGGAAUUAGUUUGUAACAACACAAAAGAUGGUUGAAGUUGCUCUGUUCAUAAGUACAUAAAUCAUAGUUCUAUUCUUGAUGUUGAAUGAAUCUCUAAAACCUUUGCAUUCUUUGAUUCUGUGUCAUUUAAUAAAUUGUCUUUCAGCUAA